GAAAGGAGCUUCACCUGGUGGGAGACAGUGAGCCGCUUACCUGCUGCAGAAACUGAAGAGGAGGCGACACUCAGCUCACGUCCAGGCUGUGAGAUGAAGGUGAAAGUGCUGCUCCUUGCAGUUCUACUUGGCAUCGUCCCCUCACACACCGCUGUAGGCCGACCUUCUGUGGACCCCCUAAGACGAACCAAACCGCUGCUCCUCCGCCUUGGCGAGGAGUUUUCCUUCUGGCUGGGUGGGGGAGGCACAGCUCCAGAUCCAUCCUCGCCCUCCUCCUCCUCCUCAACAGUGAACCGAGCUCUGCUGCAGCUCUCACAGCACCUCCUGCAGACCCGGGCAGAGCAGGUGGAGCAGCAGCAGCUGGAAGAGGACGGCGAGGAAAAGGAGAAGAGGUCCGAAGAGCCUUCCAUCUCUCUGGAUUUGACCUUCCACCUGCUCAGAGAGGUUCUGGAGAUGGCCCGGGCUGAAAAAAUGGUCCAGCAGGCCGACAACAACCGCAGGAUGAUGGAGUUCUUUGGAAAAUGACCUCCUCCUGUCUGAGCUGGACGUUCACCCUGCAGAAAGGCUGCAGCUGCAACUGAUGUUCAUGAACACACACGUCCUUUAAGUUUCACAAACCAAAGAAAAAAUUCCAAGAAAAUGCCAUUCCAGCAAAUUUAGAUUGUCUCAAGUGAUCAUAAAAAUGUUUAAGAAAAGCUUCACUUUUGUGAUUUAACACGUUUUUUUGUGUAUAAUUAAGAAAAAAUCUUUGAAAAAGGAUUUUGAUAUAAGAAAAGUCAUGACACAUACACCAAGUCAAUGGAGUCGUUGAGAACAGUCCUCCAGGUAACACAUACCUUUAUUCUAUCAUUUAGAUGACUUUUUUCUGAUUUCAUGCAUUAAAACCGUCAAAAUAAAAGCUUUUCUUUUG